GUUGAGGUGGAUAUUUGGAAGUGCAGCAGCAAUUACGAGUAACGUUUUGCCUAGGAAGCUAAUAAAUGACGUUAUUAAAUGGAAGAUACCAAAGGAUGUGAACUCUGAAUCGCAUUUACUUGUGUUUACCAACUCCCUCACGCCCCUUUCUUGAGCCCCCAAGUUCUUCUUCUUCUCUCUCUCUCUUUCUGUUUGUGGCAAAACUCGAAGAAUUUCACAAUAAUGUCCACCAAGUCCCCAGUUUUCCCCAUCUCAGACCCCCAACACUUCAGCGACUAUGGCUUCGACCCUCAAAUCAACUAUUUCCAGGUAUUGGAGGAAGCCAUGAAGCACAAGCGCGACACAGCGAGAUCCAUAGACUCCAUCCACUUCAAACUCCAGAAGCCCAUUUCCAAGGACGAGUCGCGGGCCAAGGCCCACAAGGCCAAGAAGAAGCGCUGGUGGAGAACCGCCCUCCUCUUCUUCAAGUGCCGCUGGGCCCACCCCCGCCACCCCGACGACGUCCACCAGGCCCGCGCUCGGGCCUUCCGGGCCUCCGUCUCGGGCCCCGUCUACUGGACCGAGACCCGAAGCGGCUCCUCCACCCCCUACCGCACCACCACCCGCCCCUCCUCCGGCCCACUCGCCGGAACCCUAACCAAGGAUGACGUGGACACGCCGUACUUAAGUCUUAGGGAACUCAACAUGGAACAACAACAACAACAACAACAACAGCGGAGGAUGUCCACCUCGGCCAUGCCCAUAUACUUGGUCACUUAAAAAUCCAUGCUUGGGUGGGUUGUUAUAUUUUAUAUUAUUAUUAUUAUUUUUAAUUAGGCUAAGGAAAGGUGUUGGUGUUGGUGUUGAUUUGAUGGAGCGGAGGAAAGGGUGGAUCCUCCUUUUGGUGUUUGUUGCUCACUUUUACUAUAAUGCAACUGAAACGCUCGUGCUUUUGACCAAAGUUGUUUGUUCCCAGUUCCCACGUAGUUGGUGUGGAUAUAGACAUAUAGUUGUAGUAUUUCUUAAUUAAUUAUCUCAACUUGUUGGUAGUGUUUUCUUGCGUUGGAUUUGGGUCCUGAAAAUGAGGAUCACGGCAAGUGUAUGUUAGUUGCAUUUAGCGACGUAGCGCCAAGUUUUGUGUCCGUUAAGUUGGGCUCCAGUGUUUGGUUGGGAAUGGGGGGUGUGGGGUCCAAACGACAACGUUUCGUAAUGCAAAGGCUGCGAAUAUUAGAGGGGAAAGUGGGUUAUUUUAAAAAAGUGGUACAUGGGCGCUCCUUUUCUUUCGUUGUCAAUGGGGCAAGCAGAGCAAUGGAUGAAGGGAGAAAGAUGGAAGGGUCGGUGUCGGAGGAAAAUUCCAAAUUAAU